GUGCAUGCAUUAAAUAUACAUACAGAAAAUCAUACAUGAUUGGCAUGUGCAUUAUAUAUGAGAACAUUAAGAGGUCCUUGAGAAAGUCUCAGCGAUCUGUGUAUGAGUUUCGUAUUUACGAUGCUGUCGUGUAGCACGUGAGGGAAUUAUACAUCAUUGAUGAAAAUUGGAUAUCCUUAUGCAAAUGUUUACCUCAUAUUUCAGAUUUGCAUUAUUGGUACGACUGUGUGAGGAAAAUAAAGUUGCGUGCAUGUUUUGUAUUGUAUGGGUGUGCUAAAAGAUUGCUUUUGUUGGUGGUGAUUUAGGAUAUAUGUUGGAAUAUUACAUAGGGUUUAUGUCCUAUAGCAUUUAAUUCAAACUAUUAUGGUGUUAUUUAAAGAAUGGAAUUGCAAAGGAUAAAACAAUACAGUGUAUUACAAUAAACACAUGUAGUGAAAUCGACAGACGAGUUUCUUUAUUUGAAAGCAAAGAUUUACGUGUAUGGGUGUGGUGUAUAAAAGUACGUGUAUCACACUGCAAACGCUUGUAUUUAACACUGCAAGACUUCUAAGAGAAAACGGAAAGAGGAAAUCUAUCAUUUGAUAGACUUCAAGAAUAUAACAGCGUGAUUCUAAUACAUAGCAACGCAAUGCAAUAUCUGAAGUGGUGCUGUGUUGAUGUUCCACAAACUCCCAUAUGUAUGUACAAUAAGGAUGUGGUAUCAAACGAGUUCGAAUGUUUUUGCAGUUUGAAAAUACAAGUAUUGGCGGAUUGUGCAAGUAAUUCGAAAAACUGACGGAGUAACAGAGGUUUUCGUACAGAACGAGCAAAGUGUUUCGCAGCGAUCAGUGUUAGAGUAGUUAAAGAAGCCAUGGCUAACACCUGGUUAUGUGGAUGUAAUGUGUGGAUUAUAAUUUCUGCACAUAUUUUAGGUGUCCUAUCAACACUGGACAACAUCUACACGAGCGGAUGCACCGGGGAACGCAUUCGACUCAACUGCCAAAAAGGUCACAAGAUUGCCAUCAAGCGGGUGUUCUUCGGUGUGAAAAACAAUCAGAACUGCGGAGGAAGAGGAAAGCGAUUCUCUGACGAUUGCUGCCACCCGACCUAUGAUGAUUGUCUAGUGAGCGACGAUGACUCGAAAUACCCUUAUUUGAACAUGUUGUGUUCUGGCCGGCCAGGGUGUGAUAUCGAGGCAAACAAUGCGUCUGCCGGAGACAAAUGUCGGGCGCAGGGAUAUGGGACUGUCACAGACUAUAUGACUGUGAUACAUGACUGUACACCAGAUGAAGAUGUCCUACCCGUAUGCUCAAACUUACAAAAACGAGGCAAGCAACUUUACAUAGCCAACGAAAAUUAUCCCCACCCUAUCAAACCUGGGGACCGAGAGUGUAAGUGCCUUAUUCGAACUGGGAACCAAGUGGGUUUAUACAUACACGCCCUGGAUAUCAUAUUCUACAGGUCGGAUGUGGGGAAUAACUGUUACCAGGACAUAGAAAUCAAAGAUGAAGACGGGAACCGGAAAGUGAUCACUUGUGGUCACACUGGAUUGAACGCUUUUCGUAAUAUUUACAACAGUGAUGUGCGAUCUGUGACCUUGACUUUUAACAAUAGGGCUCCAAAGGCACAGGGAUUUGUUUGGGUCCAGGCCAAAGCGAAGCAAGAUAAGGACUUUGUAGAAGUGUAUUGCGGCAAUGCAAUGAAACGUUACCUUGGUUAUGCAGUGGACGAUGCGGAAAGUCGCACCAUUGACAUCAAUGACCCUACUCCACCCCUGGAUCCGGGUAUAGGGAAAACACAUGAAAAUGGGACCAUGCAGGGAUCAACUAGUAAAGUUACAGACAUGAUGGCGUUGAUAAUUGGCGUGUCAGUUGCUGUUGCUUUCGUCAUCAUCAUCGGUCUGAUUGGAAUCAUCAUCAUCUGUUGCAGACGUUUGCGAAGCAAGAGACGUCCGGUCCGACAGGAGCCUCCACCAUUCCCGUCUCCAAUCCUGAAGAGCAAGGACACCAAUCACACGUCCAAUACUUACUGUCACUAUGACUACGAUGAGGAUAAAUACUGCUCCAUCAAACGUAGCCCUAUGAGACUUACGAAUUUAUCCGACGUAAAUUCUAGUGCCGAACGAAAACUCAAGGAGGCAUUUUCCCAAGGGGUUUCGUCAUUUGAUUCCAGCGCUUCAGUACCAAAUGGUGGAGUAGGUUACAUGAACUAUAUGGACCAGUUUGCAGCAGAACAGAAAGUUCCACUGCUUGAAAAAAAGAAGAGUCAAGAAAGCGAAACUUCAGAGGAAGACGAAGUUAUUAUGCCAAAAUCGGAAUACAUUGCCUAUGUGCAAGCAAUUCAGCCACAAUCAGCCGCAAGAGAAAUAACGAAUUGUACACUUCCCCCAAAAAAGAAAAUUAAAAAUAAAACCGUCACUUUUUCACCAGUUGCUAUGGUUACUCCACUGCCUUCUGGUUCAGAAGAAUCUGUUCCCGAAGAUAUAGUCAAUGAGGAUCAGAAGUUAAACUUCCUAGAAAUGUACAGUAAAACGUUACCGUCUCGUUCUCCGGACAAGGUCAAAAAGGUGAACUUAAUUCCUGGUACCCAGGAUGACAUGUGUCUGGCCUCAUAUCAAGCCUUGGACUGCGAAAAUGUUACAGAAGAAGACUUGUGGAAGGCAUUUCAUAUAAAACUAAGUGAUAAUGUACCUUCCUGCAAGAACGAAGCCUUUAACAACACAUACCAAAGUGAUGAUGUAAAAUUGCAGAACAGUAAAAAUGCUCUUGAUAAAGAAGAUCCGGAUUAUGAUGAAAACCUGUAUGACAAUUUACCGUACAUAAAUGUUGGAAGUUUGCGACGACAUAAUACUCCUGAAAGUAAUCAUACAGACCUUUAUAAAGAGAUUGUGAGGAGAAAUACUCUGAGAAAGGGUCCACCCAUGGAAAGUAUUCCAGAAACUUGUUAACUGUUGAAAACACUUUGUUGAUGAUAAGGAUUGAAAAAAAAUUCUGACUAUUUUUAUGUGUAAUCAAUUAUUUGUUUAAAAUUGUUUCCCACCAUUUUUUUGUUUUACAGGUAAUUUGCAAAUUGAAAAAUGUAAGUUCAUUUAAUGUCAUUAAAAAACAAGAUGGAACUUGGCAUGUCGUGUAAACAGACACAAAAUAAAACAUAAUUAAGGGGAAACAACUUCAAAAUGUCCAUUGUAAGCAUUUAUUGCAGUGGUUACCUUGUUAUACACCAGGGAUGGUGCUAUUGACUAUAUAAUUCAGUUUCAGUUAAUAAAUAAUAUAAACAAUGAUGUACACAUCAAGCUUUAAAGAAACUUUGUAAAUAUAUUUAUUUAAAAUUGCAUUUUUGUCUCUUUUUAUCUGAAAGUUUAUGUUCCAAGUCUUCUUGUACAGAGUUAUCUCCAUGAUGUUGAUUGUCCAUAUUGUAAUAAUAUCCUUUGCCUAUGAUCUUUGCAUAUUUAUGCACAUAAUAUUCCAUUGUUGUGCUAUUCAUUCACCACUAUGGUAUCAUGUUAAAUUAUUUAGGCAAAAGAUGUCACAUACAACUGGACACUGAGCCUUUGAAAAGGCUUUUAGUAUCUAAAAUUGUCUUUCUGAACUGUGUUGGUAAUACAUGUAUUGUGGGACAGAUUUCUGUCUUGCUGGGUUAUGUGCAAUAUGUUUUUGUCAAAAUACUUAAAUAAUAUAUAUGUUCUUUAUACUCCAUUAGGAAUAAUAUUACAUGUACUCGAUAAUUUUUUUGUAAAUAUGUUAAUUAUUAUUAUACUCAUUUACACAUUACAAAACUGUAGGUAUACUGGAAUAAUUUUGUAUGAAUGUUUAAAUGUGUAUGAGAUGAGAUUUUUGCCAGAAGCAUUGCUUUCAAACGUUAUAGAUAUCAACUCCAAACUUCACUGAUAUACAUGUAUCAUAAUAUUAAUAGCAACAUAUACUUAAACAUCCCUUAUUGUCAUCAUUAAUAUCAUUUUAUUUAUUGUAUGACACUUGUGGCAAAGCUCCGCAUUCAAUUUUAAAUCCACUUGUUCAGUCGGACUAGUUCCCUAAAAUUUUACUUGCCCUGACCAAAAAGUGCAUUGUCUUGACCUUAAAAUGUAACUCAAUACAUAAUUUAAUAUUGUAAUUUUACAACAUAUCGACUAGUAAUAAUUAAGCAGAACUGUUAUUCUAAAAAUCUGUUAAAAUAUGGCUAGGAGUUCAUCCCCUUAUGGUGUCCCUAAUAUAAUUACACAAACCAAUUGUACAAAAUGAAUUAUCUUGUUAAACUUUCAAUUUACCCCUUUUUAGCGCAUGAUAAUGCAAGACAGUUGAGUGAGCAUCUCUUGUUGAAUUGUUUUAAUUUAUUGUGCAUAAUAAAGACACAUUCUUUUUAAAUCAAACCAAACUGACAAGAACUUUGUGAAGUGAUAACUGUAAGAAAUACGAAUCUAAACAAAUAACAAGAAACACCUGACGCAAACAAACUUCAAGAUCUAUCUGGAUUGUUAACAGUUCUGCAUAGCCCAGGGUCAAUGUAGUAGCAUAGGAAUACUUAGCGCUUUAUUGUUAAGAUGUAAACAAUAUGUGCUUGAUGAGAAUUGCAGCGUUUUACCUAUUUCUUGGGUGUUUAUAAAGGCACUGACAACCGCAACUUAUUGAUCAACUUCAAUAGCUUAGAGGUUUUGAGGAACAUAUAUUUUUAUUACUCAUUUAUAGUUAUAUUUGAAAGUUUUAGCAUUUUGAUUGAACACUAUGUUUGUAAUUAUAUGUCAGGAUGUAUAUAUUUGUAUACCCUGAAGGAAAGCAUUAAGUAAUCACUUCAUCUGUCAUUCGAUCAGUCCAUCCUUCAUUCUAUCAGUCCAUUAAUCCUUCUGUCUGACCGCCUUUUCAAAUAUCUUUCCUGCUUCUUGUACGGAAUAUAAUUUGGGAAGUAUUGAAGGGAUUCCAAUGAAACUACAUGUAUAUGUAAUGGUAGAGGACAUUCAUUGAAAUUGAAAGGAAAUAUAAUCUCAACUGUUGUAUCAGUAUUUUGUGUAAAUUUCUCUUUGUUUAUUGUUUUUUAUCUCAUAAUGUUUUGUGGUGCAAGAAUCACCAAGUAUUGAAGGUAUUCUGUAUUCAAAUAAUAAUUCAUAUAAUGGUAGAUGGCUUUCAGUGAAAAUGCUGAGUACAUUGACGAAAGCUCUCCUUUAGGUAUUUACAGAUUUAUUGCGCAUUUUAUUUUUCCUGCGCCAACCAUGAAUUCACAAGUAUUGAAGGGAUUAUAAUACAAUUUUUUAAAUUGAUAGAGGACAUUGAAAGGAAGUUCUGGGUGCAAGAACCUUCUUGUAUGUUUGAAGUUAUUUUCCUUUGUUUAAUUUCUGUGUGCAGAACUACAUUCUGUUAUUUUCUUGUUCAAAGCAUUAUUACUUUAUUAAGUAUUGAGUGGAUUCAAAUUAAACUUUAAAUAUUCAUAACAGGAUUUUAGAGCAGAGGAAAUGCUCCAUAACUCUACAACUCUUCAAUAUUAACAGGGUUAUUGCCCUUUGUUAAUUUACUUGUGCUCUCUUUAAAUUUUUGAAAUUGAAAAUAUUAAUAUAAACUUCAUAAAUCUACAAAAGACAUUGUGCAAGUCAAGAGUGCCAGAACAAUAAAACUUGCUAAAGUGUUCUUGGAGUUACUUCCCUAGGUAUUUUCUUGUCCAGAGCUGUACUACAAAAUGUAAUUUUAUAGAGCUUAGUAAAACCAAAGAAGAAUACAAAUAAAACUUCAUUUACAUGGACCUGGUAAUACUUAAAGACUUGUUAGUACAAGAACCAUAACUCUUUCAUUGAUAUUUAUGAAGUAAUUGUCCUUUGAGUAUGUCCUUCUACUUAGAGUUGCUAUAAGUACACAUUUGAUUGUAAUGAUUUUGCAUAUAUCGAUGGAAGAUAUAGAGAUUUGUGCUUGUUUUUCAAUAAAUAAUAAAACUUGUCUGUUUUCCUCAACUUUUAUGGUAAAGAUCAUGCUUUGGAUAAAAAUGAAGGGGCAUUUGGGACUCCUAGUAUCAGCACUUUUUUGGAAAUUUUGUUAUUUAUUUGGCAAGCAUAGACCAUUGUAAUUUGUUUUUCAUUUGUUUCUGUUUUUUUCUAGUUGCAACAUAUGUGUUACAUUAAAUGCUUGUUUUAUUGUCACCUGAAGCAAACACUGUUUAGCCGAUGUAAUUAAGUGUCUUUUUCCAAUCAGAAAGAAAAACAUGCCUUUUUGCUUAGCAAAUGGAACAUUUUAUUUAUUACAAACUCUUUUAUGAGUAUCAUAGUAUGUGAUGGAGCAAUGUCACUAAAAUAUUUAAUUCAUAAUUUAUGUCACAAUGACAUAUACAUUUAGUGGUAUUGAUUUUUGCUUCCAUGUUUUUCAUUCAAUGUAUACAAUUUAUCAUACAUUUAAUAUUACAUUCAUUUCUAUUUGUCAUACUGUAAGCCAUGUAACUCUGAUAUUAUGCAUA